UACGAACAAGAGUUGUUAUUUUUUUUCUCUGUAAUUGUAGAAAUUUUUUUCAAUUUUUUUGUGUUAAUUUUUUGAAGCUCUUUCUCUGCAAUGGUGGAUGUUUGAGUUACACUACUUCCUUUUGCUCCGAGUUCAACCUCAACAAUUUGAAAAUUCUGCUUCUGGUUCUGGGUUUUCAUCAUUUUAGAAAAAAGUUUGUGUUUUUGAAGUUCUUCUGUGCAGUCACAAAUUUUUUUUCAGAGCUCCAACGUCAUUGUACUAUUUCUGGGUAUCUUACUUCAGCAUUCAUAUCCAUUUCUCUUCACAAAGUUAAAAAAAUUUCAAUUUUUUCUUUCUAGUUUGAAAAUGCUUGAAUCUUGAAUGGGUAGGGUUUAAGCUAUUUUUUAAGGUUUUGGGGUGUCUUGGAUUUUCGUUGAUUCGCAUAAAAAUGGAGGAAAGAACGUUUUUUAGUUCCGGGCAUGAGGUUAAGGUUGAUGAGGCCACAAAAAGCUUCCACGUGGCUCCAAAUUCCGUGCAGUUUCCCGUACCACUGGCGGAGUCGCCGGCGCCGGUAACGGCACCUGCUCCGGCGAGUGCAGCGGGCACACCUGGUAGUACAGAUGGAAAGAAGAAAAGGGGUAGGCCUAGGAAGUAUGGGCCGGACGGCAAGGUGGCGCUGUCGCCGAUGCCGAUUUCGUCAUCGAUUCCGUUGACCGGAGAGUUCUCAGCCUGGAAAAGGGGUAGAGGGAGGCCUGUUGAAUCAAUCAAGAAGUCUUAUAAGUUUUAUGAAGUUCAAAAUGCAGGACCAGGUAAUGGAAUUGCAUACUCAAUUGGUGCCAAUUUCACACCUCACGUGCUCACAGUAAAUGCUGGCGAGGAUGUUACUAUGAAGAUCAUGUCUUUCUCUCAAAAAGGAUGCUAUGCUAUAUGCAUUCUCUCUGCAAAUGGCACAAUUUCAAAUGUUACACUUCGUCAACCAACUUCAUCAGGGGGUACUUUAACAUAUGAGGGGCGGUUUGAGAUUCUUUCAUUGUCUGGUUCAUUUAUGCCAACUGAGAAUGGAUUAACAAAGAGCAGGUCUGGUGGGAUGAGUGUCUCUUUGGCAGGUCCAGAUGGUCGAGUAAUGGGGGGUGGACUGGCUGGUUUGCUGGUAGCUGCAAGUCCUGUGCAGGUUGUGGUGGGAAGUUUUCUUGCAGGUCACCAACAGGAGCAGAAACCAAAGAAGCAGAGGGUGGAACAUAUAUCAACAAUUGCACCUACACAUGUUACUCCAAUUUCUGCUGGAGAAAUAAAAAUCAGUCUUUGUGGAGUACAACCUAUUAUGACACCUGCUGCUUUUCAAUUGGAUAACAUUACUCAUUUUAACAAUGGUCAAUGCUCUAGGAACUCAUCUGCUGAUGGUGAAGCUCCUUUGCCUGAAAAGGAAUCUAAUCGCAACCAAUCAGAUGCUGGAUUUGCAUGUUCCCUGUGAAGUAUUUGGUAUUAUGCUUGACUCUGCUGACAAUUAUGAAGAUUAAAGUCUUACUUAUAGUGGGAUAUGGGUUGGUUUUGACUAAGAAAUUGUACUCUUUCUCAUUUAGAUAUUAGUUAGGAAAUCUAUUUGUUAGGCUUUCCGCUUGUCUGUUUUCCUGAUUUAUCUCUAAUAUUGUUUACUCAUUGUUGUAGCAAUUAGAUGUAGGGUAUAUGUUAUGCCACGUUCUUUCUUAGGAUUUUAUAAGAAUGUUUUGAGAUGUGAGUGUAUGUGGGUGUUUCUAAAA